GCUUUGUUUAGAAUUAGUUCUGAUUUCAGAUAGAAAAAAAAUAUGUUUUGUUUUCAAAAAAAUUAUUUUAAACGAGUCGUCCGUUGACCAGAGAAAAAAUUAGUCGUCCCAAACCUCUAUAACAAUUAUCUUUUCUCCGUCGCUAUCAAUGGCGGAUCGUCUCUUUCUCUGUCUCUCACAGUCUAUCUCUCUCUCCUUUUCCUCCCUCUCCGUUUCAUACUCAAACGCCUUAUGGAUUACAAACUCUUAGCGAUCCUACUCGCCGUAGCGAGCUCCUUCUUCAUCUUGCUAUCUCUUGCCUUCGUGUUGUUCGUCUGUCGACGCCGUCACGCCAUCGAAAACCAUUCUCGCCGUGACCAAAACCACCACCAGGCUCCGAACUUCCCCGAUCCUUCGUCUACUCCCAGUCUCAGCUCAGUAACGGAGAGCGAAAGCACCAAACAGAGUUUCGAUCCUUCCAUCUGCGAGAUAUCCAUGGCCGAGCUCUCCGUAGCGACGAACGGCUUCUCCUCAGAUCUAAUAGUUGGCGACGGAAGUUUCGGUCUAGUUUACCGCGCAGAGCUUUCAAACGGAGUCGUAGUCGCCGUGAAAAAGCUCAAUCACGACGCUUUACAAGGACUCCGCGAAUUCAGCGCCGAGAUGGAAACACUAGGUCGACUUCGUCACCCAAAUAUCGUUCGAAUUCUCGGAUACUGCAUCUCAGGUCCAGAUCGGGUCUUAAUCUACGAGUUUCUAGAGAAAGGAAGCCUCGAUUAUUGGCUACACGAGAACACAGCCUUGCCUUGUCCUCUCUCGUGGUCAACACGCAUGAGAAUCGCGUACGGAGUAGCUAAAGGUUUAGCUUACCUUCACGGGCUUCCGAAACCGAUCAUCCACAGAGAUAUAAAGUCGAGCAACGUGCUUCUGGAUUCCCAAUUCGUGGCUCAUAUAGCUGAUUUCGGGCUCGCGCGUAGGAUCGACACGUCGAGGUCGCACGUGUCGACGCAAGUGGCGGGGACGAUGGGAUAUAUGCCGCCGGAGUAUUGGGAAGGGAACACGGCGGCUACGGUGAAGACUGACGUGUAUAGUUUCGGCGUUUUGAUGCUGGAGAUGGCGACAAAGAGAAGGCCGAAUUGGCCGGUGGUUGUUGAUGGGAAGGAGGUUGGGUUGGCCCAAUGGGCAGUGAUACUCGAGGGGCAAAAUCGGUAUUACGAAAUGGUUGAGUCAAGUUUUGUUGGUGAAACAGGCUUGGAAGAGUAUUUUACAAUCGCUUGUCUUUGUAUCAAAGAGGCGACCAAAGAACGGCCUACAAUGAAUCAAGUUGUGAAAUUGUUUGAAGAGGUUUUGUCAACUGAUAGGUAGAUUGCUUUUUUUUUUCUUUUGUAUAAAAUUGAGUUUGCGUAAAAUAAUAAGGCUCCCAUAUAAUAAUUAGUUUAAAAAAUCUGGAAAAUUAAAAAUAAAUUUUGAGGAUCUUGUAAUCGAAAUUCUUAUAAGAUUGCCAGCAGGCCCAGCAAAGA